AUGAGUUCGGGAGCCCCAAUGCCAGCAAUUAUAUACGUCGGCACUAACGGAGAGGUAGCUGCAUGCCCAAAGUGCAACCAGAAUGUUAUGAUUAAGACUAGAAAAUGGAGUAGAUUUACAUCAUUGAUGGUAUGCAUGGCUUGCUGCUGCGCUCUGUUCAGUGACUAUUCAUGGGAGAAAGAAAUGCAGUGUCUUGGUUGUGGCCAUGACGAGAAGGUUUGA